UGAGAGACAAGGAUGGUCGACGCUUGGAAUGAGUCGCUUACCACUUUAGACAACCGUUCAUCCUGCUUAGUCAGCAGUAUAUUCCCUUUCCGGACACGCUACCAACCUUGGUCCAUAACGUUUCUCUGAGCGGAAUGUUUGGCGCAUUCCGACCAACGCAGGCGAAUCUGGUUGGUCUUCUCUGGAAGACACCAUGGAAGCUGUCCCCGACCCGUAAAGCAAAUGCUCGUGCACGGCUGAAGAAGGUCGAUGCAGUUAUUGAAGCAGUCAGAGCUAGCGGAGUGGAAUGUGCUGCAUUGAAUAAAGCCCUCGAGCUGCCGAAGGAGCACGAAAUGCCUGCGCGAGACAAAUACACAGUCUUUUCUCGUUAUGAAAGGGGAUACCGCAAAGGUAUUCACAAAGUGCCAAAAUGGACGAGGAUCACCCAGCGAACAAACCCAUUGGGCUUCUAGUGCAUUACUCAUUACUACGUUUGUACACAGCACUAUCUGAACUUUGCCCUCCUUAAUCCUCCCCAAUACUGAUGGGCAACCCAGCACGGUCUUGAAUACCUCAUCUCUCGUCUCCAAAAUAUCAAGAAGAGUGCGCUUCUUCGCAUCACGAUGCGAUACGUCAAGAAUGAUAUGGGUCAGCUGAGAUGUUGAGAGAGCAUCUGGUCAUGAUAAGAUGUCAGUGUCAGCGGGAAAAAUCGGUGUCAUCAGCCUAAAACAGCAUACACACCUGUAUCACAGAGUAGCUUGCCAAGUCGUCCUGGCGUGCCUACCGCUACCGCCAACUUCGUCCUCUUGAGGUAGCCAACAUGCUCCUCCAAUUUAAAAUGGCGUGCAAACAGUUUUGCGACUUCGCCUCCUUUUUCGCCGCGAAGGGUCUUGUCCCUGAGUAUUCGUGUCGCGUCUGCAACUCGUAGAGCAGCCCCAGCGACGAAUAUUAGAGUCGGAGUGCCGUUGGCUUUGGGUCGCUGGGCUAAGCGUGUGCGAAGCGUGGGCAGCACUGCAGAAGCCAUAGUCAAUACAAUCGAGAUGACCUAAGAAUAGGCUACAGCACCUUCUGUAAUGAAUUCAACCAACUGAUCCAAAUUGCGAGAGCCCGUCC